AGAACGUCUAAGUAUGCUUGCUGUACACAUCGAAUUUAAUUUUGUUAAUUAUGUUGGGUUCAAUUAUUUUGUUGUUUAGAACCCAAUAAGAAUCUUAUUUAUCAGUCUGAGACAAUUCCAGAUACUGCCGAUCAUUACGAGGGUACUAAUAUGGUAAAGUUGAAUACUCUGACAACUAUAAAUUUUCUCGAAAUAACGAUGUGGUAUGAAGAAAAGAUUAAUGAAUUCACGAAUUUCUCUUAUCACAUUGAAGUUUCAAUAGAUGGGCAAGUUUGGGACCGUGUUAUAGAUCAUUCAAAUUAUAAUUGUCGAUCAUUUCAACGUUUGUGGUUUCAUCCACGCCUAGUUCGGUAUAUACACAUUGUCGGAACCAAAAGUACUGCUAAUGCGACUUUUAUAUUUUGGCAAGUCAAGUACAAUACCGAAGAUAUGCAUAAGGUGGAAAUACAAAAUGGAUUAGUCGUUCCCAAGUUCGGUUAUAUUGUCAGUUCAGAAUAUAUGAGAGCAUUUGUAAUCAAUGGUGAAAAUAACUCUAAUAACGGUUCGCUAGUAGAGAGAUACCAGGAAAGUCAAGCUAGAAAUGAAAGAUACACGUAUCAUAUGCUGGGAUCGGCUGGUAUAGUGGUUCAACUUGCACAACCAUAUAUACUUAGUUCAAUGAGGUUGCUGCUUCGGGGUGACGAUGCCUGCAGUUACACAGUUGAUGCUUCAGUCGACAAUGAGGAUUGGGAGAGAAUUGUAAAUAAAUCUGAUGAGCUGACGCAAUCUUGGCAGGUGUUGAAAUUUACACCCAGGCCGAUACUCUACAUUCGUAUUACUGGCGUUAAAUGUGCAGCAGGCAAUGUUUUUCGUGUUAUAUAUUUGGAAGUUCCCGCUCAAGUAACAUUCGAUUCCAACGUCGUUGAAGUCGAUCGUGCUGUAACGAAUGACGGGAGGCCAACUAAACGGUUAAAGAUCCAGUAACCAUAUUUGAAAUAUAAGCCUUUUGGAUUUCGUUGCACUUGCACACUUGCUACGAAUUAAAAAUAUUUUUAUCGAAUGAUUUUUUUCUCUUG